AUGUCUUGUACUCAUGACGUCACUUUAGUUCUUUCAACUCGUGUAUUUGUCGAUGCCCCUUUUGUUGAAAUUCCAGAGGAAAGCUCAUUUUCCAGAAGUCCUGAUGGCCAGGUGUAUGUGGACUUUUACAAGGUUAUUGUUCACAAUGAACGGUAUUCUAAUGAAGAAUGGAAAAGGAAUUUUUCCCAGCUCAUGUUAGCCUUUAAAGGCUACGAGCAGGAGAUAAAAGAUUAUGUCUUUAGAAAUCUGCCCGGUGUAAUUGAUCCAAAACACGUAUCUAUUCGGCUAUCAACUGCCAGAGAGGCAAAUAUUUUAGAGGGACUCAACUUGGCCCUCUCCGGCUACGAGUGUUACAAUGUUGAUCGAAGUUUUGAUCGAACUGGCAACGCUUGCAUUGUGAUAUCUCCAGGUUUUGGUGUCUUCGACACUAACUGCGAUAUGGUCUCAUUCACCAAACAACGGGUGCUUGAUCUAGGAACAAUGGUCCAUUUGGUCUGUUUGGGUCCCCAACCUCUUCAUGCCGUUCCUCUGUUUGUGUGCCGAGACUUCGAAAAUCCAGACAAUCCUGAGGUGUACAUCGUACCACAUUGGAUGAAUCACAGCUUUUUUCGCUCAUCAAGAGAAAUCUAUGCUCUGAAGAACUCCGAAACCGUAAUUCGUAUAAACGUAAGUUUUUUGAGUUGGCUAAUAUCACCCUAUUCAAAAAAACACCAAGAUCCUUACCCCUGCAAUCAUUGGAAGAAUUUGGGAAAGGAAGGGGAAGGGGAACAGGAUCACAACAUUCUGCGAAGUAAUUUUGAGCCUGCAAGAAGUCCUCGUGAGCGUCAACACCAGCGUAGUAAGACAAUAACCUCUCUCGUUUCCACAACCACUCCUGAGAGCUGUCGUCAGCGGACAAUUUCUCUUAAUGAAGAGCUACUCUUAAUAUCGAGACCUAUGGAAGAUGGUCUAAGCACUUCGGAAAUCGGCAGUUUCGACAGUACCUUCUCAACACAUGGCGCGGCGAAUGGUGCCUUUAGAAGAAAACAAUCGAAACUCGUGGAUAAUUUAAUUCAUAUGAAGCCUCAGGACCUCACACAGUCUUAUCAGAGUGGGAGUAGUUAUCAGCCACGAGAUCUAAACCGUCUUUGGAAGAAGACCACCGUACCUGCUGACUUCUUUAUCGGUGCUUCGGCAUCGUCAUGGCAACCGAUGGGAGAGAGGGAGAUGGGUAGACGCCAAUCGAACUCGGUUUUCGCAAAGAAAGGAAGUCAGAAUCCUGUGUGGUUGAAAUCGAUGGAGGCGGCAGCGGAAGGAGCCUUCCGAACAUUCCCCUUCGGCAUUCAUCCACUGCUUUUCGGUGUUCAUAAAACUAGUAGCCAGCGGCGUUGGGGGCAUUUUCAUACUGCAGUUGACACCUGUGAAGACGCCUUCCCAGCCAUCAGUUUCAUUGUCUAUGUGUGUUGCAUACCCGGACCACCUGUCGUCGUCGGAAUUUCAGUUGCUAUCCUCUCCCAACAUUUUUGUUAA